CCCGGGUCUCGGCGGUGGGGCGGAUGGAAGAAGAAGAAAACGGAGGUUCGGCGGCGACAUCCCCGUCAAUCAUGGCCGCCAAGAGCACCGGGACACCGCCGCUCGCGCAGCCGUCGCCUUAGGACACUGACCGGGAUGCUGUACUUUCAAGUCCACCAACGACCCAUUCGCUGAGCUCCGAGGAAACUUCGGGGCUGACGAGAGCGACACAGGAUCGGGAGGAGGAAGAAGCGUUCAGUUCUGUGGUGUGGGUCUCUGUGCUACUUGGUUCAGGGAUGGUGAGACCAGUGACCUCUCUUCCCGACCUCCUGGCCUCAGCCCAAGUCUCCCAGCAUCCCAACAAGCCAGCGGCCUGCGAUCGUCCAGCAACCUGAUUACCUCACGCCAUGACCGCUCUGACUGACCUGCUUUCAGGAACUCACUAAUUCAUGCCCCGCAGUGUGAGUGGAGUGGAGUGGAGAUGAGGAAAAGGCAAGCGGCGCACAUCGAGGUCCCGCCCCAGGUCCCUGGACAGCCCCGAGCCAACACCUGCUGCCUGUGCUGGUGCGGCUGCUGCAAGUGUCCCUGGAAUGAAGAGCGGAUGGAGAGAAGUGAGCGACAGACCUGCACCAAGAUGGACAGUAUCGAAGCUGCAGAAGAUCAACAACCCAGCCUGGACCAGGUCCUGUCUUGGGCGCGGAGCUUCGAGAUGAUGCUGCGAUCGCUGGAAGGCCGGGAGAUCUUCCAGGAGUUCCUGAGGUCCGAGUACAGCGAGGACAACCUCCUCUUCUGGUUGGCCUGCGAAGAGCUCAGGAAGGAGAGCGACCUGUUGGUGGUGGAGGAGAAGGCCCGGAUCAUCUACGAAGACUACGUGUCCAUACUGUCACCUAAAGAGGUGAGUCUGGACUCGCGGGUGCGGGAAGGCAUCAACCAGAGUCUGGCCCAGCCCAGCAGCCUGAUGUACGAGGAGGCCCAGCUCCAGAUCUACACCCUCAUGCACCGAGACUCCUUCCCCCGGUUCCUCAACUCCUGCGUUUACAGAGACCUCCUUGCCAGCAGGAGGCGCGCCUGCCUCGGCACCUAGAGACCUUGGCCCGCCUGAGGCCAGAAGACCACUAGGUCCAGUACUACUAUGGUGCCAGAUGGCCCAACACAUCUCUCCCUCUUUCUUGAGUGAAGCUGCUUGAUCUUCUUGAAGCAGUUUCUACCCUUGACUGGUUAGUCCACAAAAAUGUUGGCUGGUGAUGGUUUUCCACCAGCAGUUUGGUGCCAGGGGGAAGACUGGAGAUGGUCCCUGUGGACUCCUCAGGACCAGGACAAGAGAGACAGACAUGCCAAUUAUUCCUGUACUGUAACAAUUAGACCUCACUUUCAUUUCCACCUUUUAUUUUAUAUCAUUCUAGUCCACACUCGAGCCGCACCUUUGCAUGGAAUUCUCUCUUUGGAGUAGUUUAACUAAAUAAGCCCGCGACUGCAAGCGUUUUUUGGAAAUACGGCUUUUCAUCGGACUCGAAGACAAUUUAGGCUUAGUUGUUUGAAGGAGCAUCCAUCCAUCCAUCCAUCCAUCCAUCCAUCCAUUCAUCCAAGCACUUUCCUUCUUAAAGUGGGAGAAGUAAGGGCUAGAAUUGUGGUUGGGCAGCUACGUGUACGACUAUUCCAUUAUUGUCAACUCCUGAAGAAACACCAGGCCUUCACCUGUUCUGGAAGAGAAACAACAAGCGGUGCUGCUGAGAUUUCAAUUUGUCCCAGAAGGCAACCACAGCUAGUCCCCACCACGCCCUGCUGAGAAGCCAGCCUGACAAGCACAGGUGAGGGCAAACAUGUUCUGUUUGAAGUUGGCCCUUGACGAUGUUGUAGUGUGAGUCUGUGAUUAGCUGCUGAAGCGGGUGCCCAAGGCCAUGUCGAGUCGUUCAGCCGGCACAUUGCAGUUGGCAACUUGGAAUGACCAUGCUUGAGUCAGUCGCUAGCGGCCCUUGUUUUUGGGUGGAGGCUAGCACUGCCAGGCCUCUAUCUCUCUUGGUUUACUUUUCUAACGCUGACUCUGGCCGCAUGCGACGAUAACGUACUUGAAAGAAACAUUUAUCCAACGGAGGUGCUGCCAACAUGUUUGCUUUUUGACGGCAGACCAAACUGAAAUAUUCACCAUGUUUCUGUUGAAUGACCGAGGCCAUGUUUUUCACAACAGUCCUACCUUUCGGAGGUAGUGUCAGGGGCGCCUGUUCUGUCGCCUUUUAUAGGUGGUCGCAGCAUCUGGUGAGCUGCAUGACAUCUGCCAAUAAAUGCUGCAGUAUUCUAGAAAAGCAAGAAGAGGAAGUUAGCUCCUGACCUUGUUGACGUGCCAACUUUGACACAGCCUAGCAAAGGUGCAACGUUGUAGUUAAAUACUAACCGCGUGAAUACAUUUCCCAAGAGUUCGUUUAUUGUUACUGAUUUCAAUCGUACAGGCCAAUCUUGUCCUUGAAUGUUCUGAACUCCUGUGGAUGUAGCUCAACUCUGCUGCUGGAGAUAGCAAAGUAGUUUAGCUAGUGCGCUCCUAACAGGCCACGCAUGUCUAAACGCCCUUCCUCCUUUCAUGUGUUCACUCAAUAUUGUCUUUGUGGACAAAAGCUUUUGAUUGCCACUGAAAACAUGUUGAAGCUUUGGUAAGACGCUAACAACACCCAGGUCCACCACAGGGAGCGCUAACAACACCCAGGUCCACCACAGGGAGCGCUAAGGUAGACGCUAACAACACCCAGGUCCACCACAGGGAGAGCUAAGGUAGAUGCUAACAACACCCAGGUCCACCACAGGGAGAGCUAAAGUAGACGCUAACAACACCCAGGUCCACCACAGGGAGCGCUAAGGUAGAUGCUAACAACACCCAGGUCCACCACAGGGAGCGCUAAGGUAGACGCUAACAACACCCAGGUCCACCACAGGGAGAGCUAAGGUGUGCAUGCAUGAUGGACGCACUUGUCUCCGUUUCAGACGGCUGGUCUUACGUAGAGAGCAGAAUGUAACAUUUAAUGGUGCAAUUCAAAGAAGUUUACAUUUCUAAUAAACGCUGUUUGUUGCUAAGACGCUCAUCGUUAGCAUUUGGGAGAAGUCAAUCAUUUAUUGUGACUUUCAUUGCGGGAAAGUGAGCGAGACUUUGAAAGGUGGCUGGGAUGUGAUUGACUUUUGUCUUGGCCAGCUGACGGCGUGCAGGAGGCCUUACGGACUUAUUUCUUCUUGUUAGUAUGAUUUAGUCCACAACAAGUAGACUUUUCACUACCUCUCAUGUUGCUUAUUUAUUUCACAUCUACUUCUUUUGUUUCUCUUUUCGAUCUACUUGAAGCCUAACACUGUAAAAAGAUGAUUUCUAUGUUUUGUGUCCAGAUCAACUAGAUGUCUAUAAAGAAGAAUUCAGGAAACCACGUCUUUAAGGGCUAAUCCCACUCUGCCUAUGCAAACAUGUUAGUGAGAACGGGGCGAGGGACCUGCUGAUAGUCUUCACUCAGCAGAAAUGUACGCUUGCUAUGAAAUAUGACAUCUAUAUGAAAGAAGUAAGAAGAUAGUAUAAUAUGAAGAAAUAAAUGUGACACAAAGUAGCUAACAUGUUGUGUUCAUCCCUCCAUCAUGUCUUCAAUCCACCUUUUGUCAUCUGCUUGGGUUUUUUUCUGGAAGGGCUGAGUGGAAUACAAAUGUGCUAACAACAUGAGCUAGCUUGUAAAGUCAACUUCCUGUCUUUCUCCUUGUAUUUCCUGUUUGCAAAGAAGAUGGCGGUAAGGUGUGUUUCCGCCACGAGCACGUAGCAAAGAUGUUGAUGUUUCUCUGCUGGUAAAAGUACACUGGAAAAGUUCAUGUGUUCACAUUAUUUACAAAGCGUGUUGCUAGCGACAGUAUUUUCUUAUUGACCCCAUCCUAGCUUUACAAAUUCUGUGUUGACGUAAACGGGCUUUCCUUCGUUGGUGUAAUAUUUGCGAUAAAGACUAAAAGAUGCCACUAACUAUUCAUCAUUUACACUCAAAGUUGGAUAUGCUAGGCUAACUACGUUUUAUGUAAAGUAACACCACCGUGCCAUAAACACCAAUUGUCACCCAUUCUUUCCACCAAACUUGCUGUCAUGAUCUGUCCCUCCAGGUCACGUCUCUUAGACUUUCAUUUCCAGUUAGCUUCACGCUAGGCUAAUAGCCUGUAUAAUGUUGGGCCUUGUACUGGAAGUAAAACAGCAUUGUUAGCUGCGAGCUGCUUCCUGCAGAUGGCAACACUUGAUCAGUAAAUGUUGAUGAAAGUCUCCAGAAAGAAGGAAUGAGAAAAAUAAGUAAAUAUCCACCCAGUGACGUCCAAGCCCACCGGUGGAUAAGGCCCGCCCACUUCUGUCACUUGGGAGCACAAUGCACUAUUGGCGUCACGUCACUUGGGGGCGCUGUCCACCGAGCAGGUUCAGGCUUUUUGGAAAAGAAAAGGGUAAAAAAUUAAGAUUUUUAUAUACCGCCGUCUGGGAAAUGAUGUAUUCAAUAAACCCCAAUGAAGUUUGAGCGAGUCAUAAAACGUCUUAUUUACAAGUUUGAGAGGAGUUUCUUUGAGGCGUGUCAUGAAAAAAAAAAUACCGUAUUUUCCGCACCAUAAGGCGCCCUGGGUUAUAAGCCGCGCCUUCAAUGAACGGCAUAUUUCAAAACUUUGUCCACCAAUAAGCCGCCCGGUGUUGUAAGCCGCAUCUAACUGCGCUAAAGGAAUGUCAAAAAAACAGUCAGAUAGGUCAGUCAAACUUUAAUAAUAUAUUAAAAACCAGCGUUCUAACAACUCUGUUCACUCCCAAAAUGUACGCAAAUGUGCAAUCACAAACAUACGUAUAUCAACAUGGACAGAGCUGCGUGAAAAAAGCCACCCGGCCUCUUCGCGUAAACUUAAACUUACCUUAACCACUCGCUCAUCUUUUCUUCAUCCAUCCAUCCCUUCGAGUUAGCUUUUAUGAUGACGCCGGCUGGAAAGGUCUCUUUUGGCAAGGUCUUCCUUUUGAAUAUCACCAUGGGUGGAAGUUUCUGGCCAUUAGCAUGGCAAGCUAGAACCACAGUGAAGGAUGACUUCUCAUUCCCUGUGGUGCGAAUAUUCACCGUACGUGCU